GUGUUAUUGAACUGGACAUCUGUUUGGUGGUCAUCAUGAACCGUGCUUUUAGCAGGAAGAAAGACAAAACAUGGAUGCAUACUCCCGAAGCUUUAUCAAAACAUUACAUUCCCUAUAAUGCAAAGUUUCUUGGCAGUACAGAAGUGGAGCAGCCUAAAGGAACAGAAGUUGUGAGAGAUGCUGUCAGAAAACUCAAGUUUGCAAGACAUAUCAAGAAAUCUGAAGGCCAGAAAAUCCCUAAAGUUGAGCUGCAGAUAUCAAUAUAUGGGGUAAAAAUUCUGGAACCGAAAACAAAGGAAGUCCAACACAAUUGCCAGCUUCAUAGAAUAUCAUUUUGUGCAGAUGACAAAACUGACAAGAGGAUAUUCACUUUCAUAUGCAAAGAUUCUGAGUCAAAUAAACAUUUGUGCUAUGUAUUUGACAGCGAAAAGUGUGCUGAAGAAAUAACUUUAACAAUCGGCCAAGCAUUUGACCUGGCAUACAGGAAAUUUCUAGAAUCUGGAGGAAAAGAUGUGGAAACAAGAAAACAGAUUGCAGGAUUGCAGAAAAGAAACUUAGUGUUCUCAUGUGACUUUGCUUCACUUCCUGAUGCUUCUCAUGGGGAUCAGAGCAGCAGAAGCAGCAGAUGCUGGAUUCAAGACUUAGAAACCGAAAAUAUGGAACUUAAAAACAAAGUACAAGAUUUGGAAAGCCAGUUAAGAACAACCCAAGUAUCAACAUCUCCACUGCUGCACAAAAUGUCUGAUCAUGAGCAACAUGGGUUUCAGAGAUGCUCACCUUCUUUCUGGCAUAGUAGUGAUGAUUCAUCUUCCUGUCUAAAUAGUUCUUCCAUUACUGUCACUCCUGUCAACUCGCCUGAUUCCAGACUGUCAUUGGGACUGUUAAUACCACCACCUUCUAAAUGUGGCCUUCCCAAGCCAAUCAGUGAGAACAGCAUCCCAAGACCUCAUGCGGGCACCGGGACACCCAGGUCCCCCUCCACUGACAUCUUUGACAUGGUACCAUUUUCUCCGGUAUCACAUGCGUCUUCAACCCCUACUCGCAACGGCACGCAGCCGCCGCCAGUACCCAGCAGAGCUACUGAGAUCAAACGGGACCUGUUUGGAGCGGAACCUUUUGACCCGUUUAACUGUGGAGCGGGGGAUUUCCCUCCAGAUAUUCAGUCAAAACUGGACGAGAUGCAGGAGGGGUUCAAAAUGGGACUAACUCUUGAAGGCACAGUAUUUUGUCUCGACCCGUUAGACAGCAGGUGCUGAUGUGAAGAACAAGAUGUCCAGAUUUGGGUUAA